AAUACGCAACGGCGGCUUCCGGUAACCGGGUACGCGUCCGAGGCAGCAGAAUGGAGGAGGUGCCUCACGACUGUCCCGGGGCCGGCAGCGCCCACGCAGGUCGAGGGGCUUCAUGUCAGGGGUGCCCCAACCAGCGGCUCUGCGCUUCUGGAGCUGGUGCCGCUCCGGACCCGGCCAUAGAGGAAAUCAAAGAGAAAAUGAAGACCGUGAAACACAAGAUCUUGGUGUUGUCUGGGAAAGGCGGCGUUGGGAAAAGCACAUUCAGCGCCCAUCUGGCCCAUGGCCUAGCAGAGGACGAAAACACGCAGGUUGCUCUUCUAGACAUUGAUAUAUGCGGGCCGUCUAUUCCGAAGAUCAUGGGAUUGGAAGGAGAACAGGUUCACCAGAGCGGCUCAGGCUGGUCUCCAGUGUUCCUGGAAGACAACUUGGGGGUGAUGUCGGUGGGUUUCUUGCUCAGCAGCCCGGAUGAUGCCGUUAUCUGGAGGGGACCAAAGAAAACUGGCAUGAUCAAGCAGUUCCUGCGCGACGUGGACUGGGGCGAGGUGGACUACCUCAUCGUGGACACCCCGCCUGGGACCUCGGACGAACACCUCUCGGCCGUGCAGUACCUGGCAGCCACGCGCAUCGACGGGGCGGUGAUCGUCACCACGCCGCAGGAGGUGUCGCUCCAGGACGUCCGGAAAGAGAUCAGCUUCUGCCACAAGGUGAAGCUGCCCAUCAUCGGGGUGGUGGAGAACAUGAGCAGCUUCGUCUGCCCCAAGUGCCAGAAAGAGUCUCAGAUAUUUCCGCCGACGACGGGCGGUGCGGAAGCCAUGUGUCAGGACCUGAAGAUCCCACUCCUCGGCAAAGUGCCUCUGGACCCACGCGUAGGUUCUGACGUGACAGUCGUGGACAGAACUGGCCUUGAAAACCCCCGAGGAAGGUGUCCCCCGUGUCCUGUCUACAGGGAAGCCCGGCAGAGCCCUCCCUGUGCCCCGCUUCUCUAGGUGAGCACAGGGGAGGUCGCUGGCCUGCCUUCAGGGGCCACACUCCUCUGAGUCCCAGAGUCUUCCAGGGCCCGAGGCGCUGUUCUGGGGACCCUGCCUCCAUGUCACACUCACUCCAGGCACUGGCUUGCUGAGUGGAGCGGUAGGGACGGCCACCCACACUCUUUCAGGGACACUGGCCACCAAGUUUGUUUCCCCACCAUAACAGACUUCAGCAAGCUGCAACCCGCCGACAAGGAAGUGGCCAGUUAGGUUGUGCAGAGGGAAGCCGACAGAAACUGACGGUGGGUCGGAGCCCAGGUGUGGCCGGCUCUGCAGCCAGGCUUCAGGGCUCAGACCCCAGCUGUUAGGAAACGAGAGACUUUAGAGCGUGGGCGCCGUGUAUGCUUAGGGGCUGAGGCCGUGGGUGGCUGUGCCGGCGGAGAGAGCGGGGAGGAGGUUAGGGCUGGACCGGGGCCUGGGCAUUGGCAUGGAGUGGAAGGGACACAGAGAAGGAAAGGGACAGGCUUUGAUGGUUGGGGAGAAAGAGGUGUCACAGACAUCUGUGCUGCCCAGCGUGAGCCACCGGGGACACAGGGACAUCACUUGGGGACACUGCCCAGAACCAGCGCGCACAGGAGGCGCCGUUGAGGGAAGGGUGCUGGGUGGAGGCGGGCGAGGCCUUGGCUUUGUUCGCCACCUCGGGAGAGAGGUCGGGAGCGGAGGGGCCGUGCCCGUGAUGGGGGCUGGACGGUGUAGAGAGGAGGGGCUGAGCGCUGUGUGGAGGAGGCUGCCUUGAGGAGGUGGACGGGAAGAGCCCAGAGAAGCCCGGGCGCCCACCUCGCUGGUCCCACGUCCCGCAGCACGCCUGGUAUGUGGUUUCCCCAAGAAACAGAGCGCUCCGGCUUCUUUUCCAGCCUUCGCGAGUGCUCUAAAUUUUCUUCACGCUGACCAGUUUCCCUGAGGGUUGUAGGAGCGGGUGCCUCCCUCGAAGGCCUCGUGAGCGUGUGGGGGACAGGUGGGCGGCGGCAGCCUGAGGGGUCACCGCCGUCAGCUCCAGGCUGUGCUGCCGCCUUAGUCCUUGGAGCACCUCACAGGCGGGGCCGCCCGGUGCAGCCUCCGGUCAGUGCCGUCUAGCGGGCACCGUGCCGUGGACACGGUACCCGCCCCCAAACCUCAGCUCUGGCUGACACCGCAGAGCUGGGCCGGCGAGCGUCAGAAAGGACGGGUGGUGGACGCCCUCACGCAGUGGCGAGGAGGACGGGGCCGAGUGAGGUCCCUGUGACCUUCCGGAGCCACUCCUUUCUGGUGAGGGGCCCGCCACAUGACCGGGAACAGAGACAGCCCUGUGGGAACGCGUGGCAAAGGAGCGGCCUUUGCCGGGUCCUCCGGCCCCGCGGUCCUCGGCCUCCCCGCCCCACGUGCCCGAGGGUCACAGGGAAGCGCCUCUGGGCCCGGGCACCCUGGCCUAGCCCGCUGCCCCCCGCUGGCUGUGGGCUCAGGCGGGUCGUUGCCAGGCUCUGGACCUCAGGCCUCACCUGUGAGGUGGGGACGUGAUGGAGCCACUGCCGGGGGCUGCACGGAUGGACGGGGGGCACGCGGGGAGUCUCAGACAGGGCAGUGCCCGGAGGGCACCGCUGCAGCAGAGGCCAGAGAGGGGAGGUUUGUGGAGACGGGGAGCCGGCCAGAGCGCGCGUGUAGGGGGACAGGAGGAGCGAGAGGACGGUGUGAAAAUCAGGAGAGAGUGGCCCCACGAGCUGCUUGUGGGACCCGUGGCCUCGCUGACCUGGUCCAACAACCAAGCGCUCGGAGGCUUCCCUAGCUGCUUCUGCCACAGUCCACGGCGCCUGGGCCACGUGGGGCCCCCCCGCCCCCGUCUCGGGUGUCCUGUGCCACCUGGCAACUCGCUGGGGAGCCGAGGAGAUGACUGUUCCACAGUGGGCCUGCCCGGGGUCCCCCCAGAGGCCGGGGAGCGGCUGCGGGCGGUGGAACCACUGACUCUGCUCCAACGGGGGGUGGGGGGGUGCCCAGGACCAGACGGGAGGGGCGCUCGCCGCCCCCCUGAGGCGCUGCCCGUGCGCACCCAGACGAGAGACAACCUGUGUGUCUGGGGGGGGCCCUGGAGUACACAGAGCACACGGGGUGCUGCCAGCGUGAAGUGACCUUCAAGAUAAAAUUACACGUGGAGAAAGCAGUGGGCAGGAUAUGUGCACCACGUGCGCCCAAGCAUUUUUUUUAAACACGCGAGUGGGCACAUGCAUGUACAUGCCACGUUCAUGUGCACGUAUUUCUAGAAAGACACCUGAAACACUGGGAGCCUCUUUUGAACUUGUUCUUCACGGUAUAAACGUUUGUCUUCCAUACUCUUUUACCACGUGCCUUCAUUAUCUUUUUACUCAGAGAACAAAUUGAUGUUUUAAAUGCAGGUUCCUGGGCCCACCCAGGAGCUGCCAAAUCUGUUCUUCAUGGGGCCCUGGAAGCUGCAUUUGCCGCACAUCACCCAGAUGAUUCGCAGGCACGGGUCAGAGCCGUGAGGAAGCUAGCCAGGGUCCAUGCUGGAUGGAGGGGAGCAGGCGAGGUCCUUGAGACCCCGACAUCCUGUCUCGGCUUUGAUUUUUAUUACACGUGAAGUGGGCUUAGGAUCUUCCGGGUCACGGGCACAGGAAGAGCCCCAAGUUCACGUCCCUGCUGUGUUCUUCAUGGAUUUUCU